CAGUCAGCUGACGCUAACGCUAACAAGCCGACUGACGGUUCUCCAGAGACGGAUCUGACGGUCAGACAGGAUGCCUUUCUCCGAGCUCUAUUUUAACGUUGAUAAUGGCUACCUGGAGGGGCUGGUCAGAGGAUUCAAAGCUGGAAUACUGUCCCAGGGGGAUUAUUUGAACCUCGUUCAGUGUGAGACCCUGGAAGAUCUGAAGCUCCACCUGCAGAGCACAGACUAUGGCAGCUUCCUGGCAAACGAGGCGUCUCCGCUCACCGUGUCCGUUAUCGAUGACAAGCUGAAGGAGAAGAUGGUGGUGGAGUUUCGCCACAUGAGGAAUCAGUCUUACGAGCCUCUGGCUAGCUUCAUGGACUUCAUCACGUAAGCAAAAAAAAAGCUGUUGUGUUGAAA